UCGAUCGGCAUUAAUUAGUGUUUGUAUAUUUGUCCUGUAUUCUGAAAACACAUUUUUCAUUUUAUUUCCGUAUCAGAAAGAUUGACGCUGAAAAAAAUAAAAUUGACGGAGUCGCAGCCAAUUUAAACCCGGUGGUGAGACGGCAAGUUGAAGAUACAGAGGUUUCUGCUUUCGAUCUCUGUUAGUACAAAGUUUCCACAUCACUAUGCUUCACGCGAAUUUAUCAAUAUACCUUGUGUUGUUGGCCUGCUUUCUCAGAGGAAGCGCGGCAGCCGAACGAAUCGUCUCCCCAAAUUCAGCAGCGGGUGUUAUAUUUAGCCAUAGCAACCAUGAUCCUAAAUACAAGAUUGAGAUGCAUUCAGUGGAUGCACCUUUUCAUGCGGACCCAGGGCAAGAAUCAGUUUUGAUGACUGACAGAGAGGGGCAAAAGUUUGAAUGUUUUCUUCCAAAGACUGAUGUAUAUAAGGAUGCCAAGGAUUCCAAUGAACAAUAUAGCAGUAGUGUUACUCUGGCAAAAGAUAGGCAGAUUAAAACUAAGACUCCAGAUGAGCUUCUUGAGGCAUUGAAGGACCAAUGUUUCCUACGACAUGAUGGGUGGUGGUCUUACAAGUUCUGUUACAAAGGAAAAGUGCAGCAAAUUCACAUAGAGGAUAAAAAGUUGCUGCAGCAAUUUGUUUUGGGUGUUUAUGAUGAGAAAGCUACUGUAGCUUUACAUCAGAGUUCGCCGGAUGUUUCCCUUCAGAAAGAUCCCCGUUCCAAAACUGCAGCUCAGAGGUAUCAUGCUCACAUAUACACCAAUGGUACAAUUUGUGACCUUACAAAUGAGCCCAGGGAAACAGAGGUGAGAUUUAUGUGUUCAGAGUCAAAUCGAGCAUUAAUUCAUUCCAUCAAAGAAGUUUCCACAUGCAAAUAUGCAUUGGUAGUUCAAUGUCCAAUGCUUUGCAAGCACCCGUUGUUCCAAGAAGAGCGACCUACUUGGUAUACUGUCAACUGUAAUACCCUCACAAAAAAUAAUAAGAGAGAAGGAGGGGGUUACGACAAACACAAACGGCUAGCUUUGCCAGUAGAUAAAUCCGAAAAUGAUCAAGCUAGUGAUUAAUAACUAUACUAAGAUGUGCUGUCUCAGAUUUCAAAUCAGAAUAUAAUUCCCAAUUUUCUUGUGCACUUUGAAUUUUUUUGGGGGGAAUCAUGUGCCUUAUAUCAUGUUAGAUACUAUAUGUGAUCACCACAUCCAAUUAAAAUAACAUGGCUAGGUGGUAUUCGUGUUCUUUUUCCUAUGCUUAAAAUUGGGGAGGGCCUACAUGUUUGUGCUAGAAUGAACUCAAGAUUUAACCUUUCAUAGAUGUCUUUUUGAAUACUUUGGAGUACCCCUUUUUACUAUGCAUCAGGUUUAUUUGAUUGGAUUCCUUCAUGGGUCUAAAAAAUAUAUGUAUCAGAUACUCCAAAUAUUCCUUCUUGUAUCUGGAUAUGGCACAGAUACAUUCUUAAUUACACGACUGGAUAUCCUAACUCCCAAGAAGAUUCCCUUCUAAAUGUCUUGAUUAGUGAUCAGAUAGAAGGAUCUUAUCCAGCAAAUUUUCUCUUAAAAACAAUUGAUUUGUUGCUAGCAAUUAGAUGCUUCUAUUUGGCCUUUGUAAAUAGGUAAAUGUUUCAGCUCUGGAACAAACUUUUUUAAGGUGUUCUUUUAAUUGGUCAGUAACAAAUUGGUAACAUGGUGGUUCAUUUCAGAAGAAAUUUAUGUAGACUAUACUCAUUUGCAUUUGAUCUCAUGCAAAACUUAUUGCUUAUCAACCCUCAAAA